UUAAAUUGCUGAAUAAUUGCGAAAAUAGUGUCGUUGUUAUAAUAUUAAGAUUAAGAUUUUAUUUGCAAUAAAUUAUUUAACUUAAGACAUUUAGCGUUCGGUAUACGUUUACAGUAAAAAGAAAAGUAAUGGAAGUGAUCCAGAAGCAUUUGUCGAAGAUUCGCGUACCAUGCGAUAAUACACCAAUUUAUAAAGAUGAAUGUGUCUAUUCAUAUGAUACACCGGAAACUCCAACAGGACUUUACGUCAGUUUAAGUAGUUUUCUAAGCUUCGGCGAGCAAUAUGUAAAAAAAUAUGCUGAAAAGACUGGAAAUGCGGUAUUCCUGCAUAUACAUCGUGUGAAGACACCUAAAAAAGGUGUCGCUGCUGCCGAUGAAGGGGGGCCGGAGCGUAAAAUCACGCGGCUAGCUAUUGGUGUGGAGGGUGGUUAUAACGACGCUAACGAGAAGACAUUUGAUAUUAAAGAUACUUAUAGCAUUGUGGUCAUGCCGGAUAUUGAUAAAAAAUUUCCAUUCCCUAAUGAGGAAUUCCCACUGCUUGUAACUCAGUCUGUAGAGGCAUUGCUAGCACAAGAGUCUGCUAUAGCCAAACUUGAAAAGCAAACACUAACUGGCACAUGGGAUGGAGAGGUACGCCAAGUGUCAAAAUACGCAGAAUCUUUAAUACAACUAGAUAAUGGCAAGAAAAUACCGCCAUCAGGUUGGAAAUGUGAAAAAUGCGAUUUAACCAAUAAUCUUUGGCUCAACCUUACCGAUGGUUCCAUUCUUUGUGGGCGUAAAUUCUUUGACGGCUCCGGUGGCAACGAUCAUGCUGUGGAGUAUUACCGAGAAAUGGGGUAUCCGUUGGCUGUUAAAUUGGGUACAAUAACUGCCGAUGGGAAGUCUGACGUGUUCUCGUACCCGGAAGAUGAUAUGGUUAUUGACCCACACCUGGAAAAACAUCUUGCUCAUUUCGGCAUUAAUAUGGCAGCCAUGAAAAAGAGUGAAAAGUCAAUGGUUGAAUUAGAGUUGGAAAUUAAUCAACGGAUUGGUGAAUGGUCUUUGUUGACCGAAAGCGAUAGUGAAUUAGAGCCACUGGCUGGUCCAGGGUACACCGGCAUGCGGAAUCUCGGCAAUUCGUGCUACAUAAAUAGUGUGAUGCAGGUAAUAUUCACAUUACCUGACUUCAUCAAGCGAUAUGUAGGAGAAGGUUCGCAUAAAUAUUUUAACGCAUUUCCAGCUGAUCCCGCUAAUGAUUUUAACAUCCAAAUGGCUAAACUUGGUAAUGGUUUAUGGUCCGGCAAGUACAGUAGCAUUUCGGAGAAUUCAUUGGAUUCCGAAAGUACUGGUAUUUCACCUGCUAUGUUCAAAAAUGUCGUGGGUAAAAAUCACCCUGAUUUCAGUACGAAACAACAACAAGAUGCUUUUGAUUUCUAUUUACACCUUAUCAACAUAAUCGAACGCAAUUCCCGGCAUGAAGCUAAUCCAGUAGAGGGGCUUACAAUUAGUUUGGAGGAUCGUGUCGAGUGUAUGAGUAGCAAAAAGGUGAAGUAUACACACCGAGAUGAUUACUGUUUACCUUUACAAAUACCUUUGGAGAAGGCCACAAAUUUAGAUGAGGUCAAAGAAUAUUUGGAACGUAAAGCUGCCGAUGGUGCAAACAAUAGUGGCGACAAAAAUAUAGUGCGACACAAAGUGCCACUACAUGCAUGCUUAGAACGGUUUUUCGCAACUGAGGUGCUUGAGCAAUUUCACUCGUCAGCUACUAAUUGCAUAACCACUGCCAAAAGGUCCACUAGACUAGUAAAUAUGCCAGAUUUCCUGCUGUUGCAUUUGCGAAAGUUCACACUGGGCUCCGAUUGGGUGCCUAAGAAGUUAGAUGUAUCGGUUGACAUGCCGGACGAACUAGAUCUCAGCAGCUGGAGAGCCACUGGUAUGCAACCAAAUGAGCAGCCAUUACCAGAUACGGACGACAAGCCGAAGUUUUCUUUCGAUGAAAAUCUAAUGGGAGAACUAAUUCAAAUGGGCUUUCCGCAAGAGGCCUGCAAGCGUGCUGUAUUCCAUACUAAAAAUAUUAGUCUAGAAGCAGCUUCAAAUUGGCUGAUGGAACAUAUUGGUGAUGCCGAUAUUUCAGAACCGUUCGUUUUGCCCACUGAUGGCAUGGGUGACAGUAAAGCAAACGAUUUUGUUGCGAAUCCCGAAAGCGUUGCUAUGCUGAUGAGUAUGGGCUUUGAAGAACGUCAAGCUACUAAGGCAUUAAAAGCUACUGAUGGCAAUAUUGAGCGGGCGACGGAUUGGAUUUUUUCACAUGCUGAGGACAUGGACACAGAUGAGAUCCCACAAGAGCAGACUGAUAACGAGCCAAGUAAUGCACAUAAAAAAACAUAUCGGGAUGGUGUGGGCAAAUAUAAGCUCGUAGCUUUCAUUUCACAUAUGGGUACUUCAGCCCAAGUUGGUCAUUAUGUCUGCCACAUACAGAAGGAUGGACGAUGGGUCAUUUAUAACGAUAGUAAAGUAGCACUUUCGCAAAACCCACCAAAGGAUCUCGGUUAUUUAUAUUUAUACAAGCGAUGUGAGUAAAGACCAUGAAUUUGGAUUAAUGUGCAUUUCGAAUGAACUUGCCUUUAUUACUAUACAUAUAUAUUGAAUUCUUAAAAGUAUGACACUUAGUAUUAAAUGCAAAGAACUGAAAAAACUUUAAUACUUCAAGAAGAAAAGCUUAUUAUGCUGUUUAAAUGAUAAUUGUUUGUCGCGACGAAUAAAAUUUCAAUCGGAUCAAA